CUGUAGGGCCCGCCCCGCCGCAGUGACUCGCUCGGGCGUGGUGGGUCCCGCAGUCCUGUCCCGGCCGCUGACACAGGCCCGCUGCAGGCAGAGCCCGGAGCCCCGCAUCGCCUCCCGCAGCCCAUCUUUUUGCAGGUCUUUCUCCGGCUAGGAAACCGCCCCGAUGUUCCUGGUCAAGAACUUCCUAGGAGGAGGAGGGGGAGGAGGCGGCGGCGGUGGAGGUGGGGGCUUCGGGGGGAACAUCGGGAACGUGAUCGGAGGAUUCCUGAGUGGCGGCGGUGGAGGAGGACGGGCUGGAGGUGGGGGAGGCGGCGGCGGAGCCAUGGGCAUCAUUGGAGGAGUGAUCAAUGCCAUCAGCGAAGCAGCAGCUCAGUAUAAUCCGGAGCCACCGCCCCCUCGCAGCCACUUCUCCAAUGUGGAAGCUAACGAGAGCGAGGAAGUACGCCAGUUUCGGCGCCUCUUCACGCAGCUGGCCGGAGAUGAUAUGGAAGUGAGCGCCUCCGAGCUGAUGAACAUUCUCAACAAGGUGGUGACCAGACAUCCCGACCUGAAGACGGACGGGUUCGGGAUUGACACCUGUCGCAGCAUGGUGGCCGUCAUGGAUAGCGACACGACCGGGAAGCUGGGCUUCCAGGAGUUCAAGUAUUUGUGGGGAAACGUCAAGAAGUGGCAGUGUGUCUACAAACAGUUCGACACGGACCGAUCCGGCACCAUCGGGAGCAGCGAGCUGCCAGGCGCCUUCGAGGCGGCGGGCUUCCGGCUGAACGAGCAGCUGUACCAGAUGAUCGUGCGCAGGUACUCGGACGAGAACGGCCAGAUGGACUUCGACAACUUCAUCAGCUGCCUGGUUCGCCUGGACGCCAUGUUUCGUGCCUUCAAGUCUCUGGAUAAGGAUGGGGAUGGGCAGAUCCGGGUGACCAUCCAGGAGUGGCUGCAGCUCACCAUGUAUUCCUAAGAGCCUGCGUGCCAGCCUGGACCGACGGCCCGGAGCGCGCCCUGGCCUCUCCGGGCUCCGUGCUGCGACCUGGGCCUCUCCACGCCAGCUGCGACCCGCCCUUCUCUUUGCUUUUGGAUUCCCAACCUUCCCCGCUCCCUGGAAGACCAGAUGUCCCCUGCUCUCCAUCCCCCGCCUUCGCUGGCUCUCCUCCGGGUCGCUUGGGGGGCGGGGGGAUGGGUGGGCAUAAAACGGCUUCCGAUUUCGAGGUAUGUUUGCUGCCAUGUGAUCCGCGCUUCACUGGUCCCUCUUCGGGCCCCAAGGAUCUCCCAGCUCCGGCGGGAGGGGGCAGAAAUGAAGCCAAACGCAGCAAUCAAUGGAGCUAUUGACCCCUCCCCACGUGCCGGCGGAUUUUAAUUUCCGGAUUCCGGCUCCCUCCCUGGCUGGAAUUUGCUCGGCUGAAUGGGAGCCGACCAGGCCAGUUCCUUCCCUGCAUGCAGGUUCUCCGCCCAGGCCCUAGAGAGGCCGGGCGGGGGCAGGUGGGAGAGCUUUUGGCUGUGGCAGACACAUGGCAGCCCACCUGGCUCUCUGUCUUCCUCUAGUGGCUAGGUCACGUAUAGCGAUUUUUUUCAGGCUGCUGCGGUAGAGGCUUGUGCUUUUUUAGGUCCGGAGGUGCUGGGCUCGAUCCCCGCAGACCACCCAAGCCAGGGAGGCAUCUGAUGGACAGCAAGUGCCCCCCGCCCCCAAGGGCAUCGGGUGAGGCCGCCGCCUAGCUGGGGCGUAUGCAAAUCCGGGGCUGCCCCGCUCGGUGGUGGCAUUUUCGAAGGCAGGAGGGAUGCCCGGGCUGUUGGGGGUUUGCCGUGGAAUGUACCAGCUGUCUCUCUCACCGACGCCCACCGUGUUUUCUAAAGCUCAAUAGAAAUGAUAAUAAAGUUCUAUAAUAACAUGUCA